AUGGGCUGGAUCUCAUCGGUCCUCGGCACCGACAAAUCGGAGGACCCUCUCAGAAAACUCGAUCCCAAACUUCGCGAAUUCCUCGAGAAAGAAUCCCCCGUCAAGUACUCAGCAACCCAACACUCGUCGCCCACGACUGCUUCGCAACCUCAACCACACGACGAUGGCAACGCCCCGGUAGCGGAGGCGGGAGCUCAGGGCCCCAGCGUACCUUCGGCCAGCCUGUUCCAGGACGGCCGGUAUGCCAACAUCUGGAAGACGUACCGACCGCUGGCGCAAAUCGAGGCCGAAACGGCGAGCGACCAUGAUAAAUUAAUGGGCGUCUUGGAGGGCUACAAGGAGCGGAAGGAGGCAAUUGGAAGGGCGGCCUUGGAGAAUUGCGCGGAGUCCCAGGAGGAGUGGGUGAAUUGCAUGAAACAUGGCAGCUGGGACGACCAAAUACAGAUGUGCCGGAUUCAAGUGCGAAAAUUCGAGAGGUGCUACACAAUGCAAGCGCGAUUCCUCCGUGCCCUGGGAUAUGGAUCAGUUUCGGGGAGGUCAGCUUUGGUAGAGGAGGACAUUCAGAUGCACGCCGACUCGCUCUACCAACGAAUGAUUGGCCACGAGGCUGCCGUAGAGAAGGCCAAGGCGGAAGGCCUCCCGAUCCCGGUCUUCGAGCCGGCCGUUCCCAAGCUAAAGGCCGACAUGAUCACGCCCAGCGAAGAGCUACAGCAGCAAUGGAAGGAGAAGCUGGACCAGCUGCCAGUGGAGGAGCGUGCAAUAGAAGAGGCGGCUCUUCGAGCGGAUUUGCACGCCAAGUCAGUAGUUGCUGGGCAGGUGCAGGAGAUCUGGGACACGCAAAAGGACGAGCGACAGAAGCGACAAGCCGCAGGCAACUCGACUUUCACGGACUAUCUAUCGACGCUAUUUGGAAAGAGUGGGAAAUAA